AUGCCAGCAGCCUGUCGGGCCCCCCUGAAAGCCCCCGGGGAGUUGGGGUACCCCCUGGCAGCGCCUUUGGGCCCCCUCCGGGAACACGGGCUCCCCGAGCUCCCCCAGCCCCUGGGCAAGAGCAAGAGCAAGAAGAGGAGGAACAGAACCACCUUCAGCACGUUCCAGCUGGAGGAGCUGGAGAAGGUUUUCCAGAAGACACAUUAUCCCGACGUCUACGCCCGGGAGCAGUUGGCGCUGAGGACGGAACUGACCGAAGCCAGAGUGCAGGUGGGACAGAGGGACCGCGCGUGGCUGCCCCGGGAGGGAAACUGA